GAUACGGUGUGUAGGUUUUUGAAGAAUUCAAUCUACUUCUCGUCGUGUAAUAAGCCUCAAUUUCUUCUUUCAUUUGAUAAUCGCAGUGUUUCACAUUGUAAGCAUCAUCUUCGGAAUUGUGCAAAACAUUUUAUAAGUAAAAGUGGGAUUUAUAUUUUUAAUGAACUUCGGUAAUCAGUGAUUGAAUCAAAACAAUGUUUUUGUGUGAAAUAAGCAAGUGAAGAAAGAUGAAGCGAACAUUAUUCAUACUGUGACCUUUUCACACCGUCAGGAGCAUUUUAUAUCAUGAUGGGCCCUAUAAGAAUAAUUAAAUUCCAAUAGUAAGAAACAAAUCGUGCGCUACCAGUUUUAUUGCCAGGUACUAAAGCUUUACAAUGGGUCCGAAAAGGGCUCCGCCAUAAAAUUAUCACUGUCAGGCUUCGAGGGUCAUCGUAAAACUAAUAGACAGUUGAUGACUUCGAUUCCUAAAAACUCAGCAGAGAAUGUCGCAACGGCCCCGGAGCGCCGGGUGGACGACAAGCGAUGAUCGGAGGGUCGAAAGCGAUGCCAGGUGUAGUCCCGUACGGUCCGGCACAGGAUCGCGUCUCGGUGCGUUCAGCUAGUGAGCAGCCGGCUUACUCGGCGUGUGAUGUGUCUGCGCGAUGUCAGGCAAGCCCGCCAGUGUGGGCGCGUCGCGAGCAGGCGUGCCCGGCGCCCCGGCGCGCGUGCUGGUGUACGUGGCGGACCCGCGCCAGCUAGAGCCCGGCGCCGCGGCGUCUGAGCCGCCCGCCGCGCCGCCGCCCUCGCCCCUCGACGCGCUCUACCUGCCCGACCCGCACCAGCUCGCCGUGCCUCGGAACGCCCUCUACAGGACCCAGGUCGACUGCAGUGAGCAGAGGAACCGAUCCAACGCUGUCUUCUACAAAUCUGCCAAUGAUGUCGAUGGGAAACUCGGUGUGUUCGGUUCCCCUGACAACGUUCCCCAUCGUCCUGACUUCUUGCAGAUACCGCAAUUUCUAAAAGACCAAAAUUUAAAAGUUGACGAUGUUAAAGUGAAUGAACACACGGGAAAUCUAAACAUUAAAACUGACUGUGUAAAUUCAGUGAGUGCGGUUGAAUCGUUUCAAUCUAGGGUGACUUUGGAAGGAGGUGAUUUGGCUACAUAUCAAAGAUGUGCUGGCCAGUUAGGUCCCGAUAGUGCUAUGCCCUCUAUGCAUCAAGUGGCGCUGCAGCACGGCCACAACCAGUUCAGUGAAAGUGUCACGGUGCAGGCCAGUGGUGACGGUUCAAACUCUGGUGACCGAGAGUUGUCGAGAAGUUAUGUGAACUAUCAAGUUUUAGAACAAAGUGUAUCUCACCAGUCAAUAGUGAAUCAAAGUAUAAGUAUAUUGAAUCAGCAAGUGGGAGUGAGUAGAGGAAUUGCUAGUGAAGGUGACAGUGGGCCCACUCCUCAGCUGGUUCGGACUGCAGACGGAGUAGUGUUGGCAGUAUUACCAUCGUCUGUCCUACCUCAAGCUGUCGACAGCACUGAUCUCAACACCAGGACUGUGCCCUCUGAUUCUCCACAGACUAUUAUUGUGCCUUUGGGUUGGAGGAGAAUCAUAAAUGGAACAUCAGUACUCUACAUCAGCCCAAGCGGGACGGCGUUGAGUACUCUUCCACAGUUGCGGGACUACCUUCAGACAACUGGUACCUGCAAAUGUGGGUUGCCCUGUCCUUUAAGACCAGAGACUGCAUUCAGUUUUGAUCCUAAGGUGGUUAGUAAGGCGUAUCAAGGGAGUUCUGGCACGGAGCUGACGAAGCUGUGCAACCACAAGCGGAAACUGCUGGCGACGCUGCAAGCGCGCGCCAACUCGCCCGCCACCCCGCCGCCGCAGCAGCACAUAGAACAGAAGAAAGUAGCCACCGCCGAAGUAGCGGUUUUGAAGAAGAAAAUGAAGAAAAGACAAAACUUUCCGCCUAACAUGACCGUGUCCCAGAUGAUGGUGCAGAGAGAACGACCACUUAACGACUUCAAGCCGCAGGAGAACGAACACAAUCGGACGGUUUCGCCCGGUGUAGGGCCCCAGCGGCCGAACAACGGUCAGUCUUGUCUACCCACAUUUGCACCCGUGCAACAAAACUUACUGAACGCCUUCCCGCAAGACAAUGAGCCCAAACAAGACACGCACAUACAAAGGAGCUCCCACUACCUCACUGUCAGCAGCGGCUGGAUCACACAACAGCAACAAGAGACCGGUGAAGGACAAAAGCCUUCCCAGCCCAAUACACCCUCGGCUAACGCGCCGCCAAAUGUCAACAUGCCAGUAUUAGGUACCAAUGGACAGGUUAUCGGAGUCAACACCACCUACACUAAACAAACUAAUUAUAAAAACAUCAUGGGCGUCGUAGCACAAAAUAUGAUCGAACAAGAAGUUAAAGAUGAAAAGAAAGACAUUCCAGUACAGCAAAACGUUCAACCCUUAAAGAAUUCGGUUAAAGAAGAAGAAUCCCAAAUUUUUUGUGGUCUGAACCAAGCACUGACUCCCGAAGUGAUGCAAAAAAUCAACGAACAGCAGCAGAUCUUCAUACAACAAAAUCAAAAACAAAUAGAAAUAGCUAUGAAAGGUUUUAAAACGCAGUUGGCGGAAAACGUUAGUCAAUGUAAACUCCAAAAUCAAAAUCAGUAUGUGCCACAAGGACAGUUAGUGAUACAAAACGGGGCUGUCGUCAAAACCAACCUUGCCAAAACUCCACCGUGGCAAGUUAAGAGGAACGAUGCAAACAAUUCUAACCAAAUGACGAGCCCUAACAUGAAAUCGCAAAAAAUAGAGAAUUUGGACUUUGAAGAGUCCAAUGCAAGCAUAUCAGAUGAUCCUGUAAAUUCAUAUAACUCAUUCCCUAACAACGAGCAUCACAUGAGCCAAGCGAUGUGUUCUCGGGUGCCGCCUUUACCCCAGCAUUACAACAUGCUAAAUCAACAAUGGCCUAAUAUGGAAAUGAAUAAGAAAAAGGUAAAAAAUAACAGUAAGGGAUCUAAAAAGAAAGCUAGUCCAACUGAAAACAAGUUGGUAUCGUUUGGUGGUAAUGGCAUGCGGCAUAUGCCAGAUAAUAAAAAUGAAAUGCCUCAUAAUAACGUGCCGUCAUUCAUGGAUGACCCAAGUGGUUAUCUAGCACAACAAACAGUGUUAUUGAAUAACACGAUAUCUAGACAAGGUAUUAACUCAUCGUAUGAUGCAAAUCAUUACGAUAAUCCUAAUUGUUACGGCGGGCAAAAUCAGGUUGAGAGGUCGUGCAAAUCUAAUAAUAAACCUUUCGACGUAGCCAAUACCUACAGGGGUAAUCUGGUGCCAAACCCUUCGCCAUCGCCCAACAACACCCCAGAUAGCAGCGUAGUGUCGGACAAAAGUAUGGAUAAUCAAGUUCCCCAGUGCUGCAAAGGUUGCAAUGUCUCCAUCAAAGGCUGCGGAACAGAAUUUUCUGAACAUCAAAUGAGAUUUAAAUAUAUGAAGCAGUGUUCAUUCAAAAUGGAAACUGACGGAAAUCUCGCUACUUGCAGUCCAAAGCACAGCUUUGAUGAUAACCCAGUAACGUCAUCAACAUUCAUCGACCGAAGUCCCUUGAUCAAUGAUAAUUGCGGGCCAAUUCAAGCCGGGACGGUCAGUACCAGCAAUGUGUCUCCGACUGAGACGUUACAACCUCCCGAACCCUCACCUACUUUGUCCAAUAGUUCGAGGAAUACAGAUACGCCACACAGCAGUGGCAGCAGCGGUACGCAAAUGCAGUCCAAUUGCUCGUACCCAAUUCCUAGUCCCGCAUACUCUAAUCCAGGAUCUUGUAAAGAGAACUUCAAUAGUAAUCCGCCUACUCCCGGAGGAGGACAUGUUUAUUCCUUCAACUCACCAGGACCUCCUAACAACCAAUCUAUCAGUGGAACACAAAUGAUGCACUUCAUAUCAAACCAUAACGUCAAUAAGAAUCUAAUGGAAGUUGACAACAUAUCAAUGGUGGGAGUCAAACCUGGAAUAAAACCUAUUCAGGAUACAUUUAGAGUGGAACCUAGGAGACGAGUAGAAAAUUCCAUGCCAGGUUACUGCCCGCCUCCACAUUUAGGCGGCGGCCCAGCACAUUCCCUGAUACAAACAUGUUACGUUCAGACGUUCGUUACAACAAUGGCGAGUGGAUUUUCCGUCACUCGCGAUACGGUAACAUCAGUUUUAGCCGGAAAAGCCAACACCGCCACAACAUCCAUUAACGCGUCUCAAGCUAACUUCAUUAGACCGCCACCGCCUCCGAGCGUCAAUCUAGCGACCAGUUAUGCCAUUCCUAAUAAUCAACCCGAUCCAUUUAUAAACUCGGUCAAUUUACCUACAAGCUAUCCGCUUCACAUCGCUGGCACGACAGCUCAGAAUAUGAUAUCGAAAUCGCCAUUCGAAAUGGUACAAAAUGUUAUCGGCAGUUUACCUUCCAAGCCCGAACCAAGUAACGCGCAAACUACGAGCUUGUCGCAAAUGUCGAGGAGGCCGGGGCACACCACACCCGGUCAAAUUUUAAUAUCUUCCACUGGUCAAAUAAUAGUAUCGACUAACCAAAUGCCUCCACCACCCCCGAAGACAACGACAGCUGUGUCGCCUAUACAAGGCUCAAACGCCGUGACCAACGUCACCACGUCAGUAACGCAAGUCCUCCCCGCAGUGGGAGGGGUCCAGCAAAUGGUCAACCAACCCACCGUGGUCGUGAACACUUUACCUGCACCUUUCGUUAUACAACCGCCUAUGAUGGCCGUCGACGGCCAAGUCGUCCAGCAAAACACUGUUAUGCCCCAAAUCGGCAUCGUGUCUGGGCAGUCUCCGAACGAAAGCCCUCGUCAGAUAGAUAUGAAAAACGGACAGAGUUUCGUCCAAGGGGUGGCUAUGCUUUCGCCCGAGAGCAUGAAAAAGAGGAGCAAGAAGAAGAAAACUACGAGCAUCACAAACGUCCUGCAAAUAGCUGCACCCCAACAGAACCCGAACAAUCUCAUGGUUCACCACACGUCGCCGCAACACAGUUCUAGUCCACAGUUUUCGCCGCGCGGCUUCCAGCUAUCGCCCAACAAUAACAUUUCUCCGACGCCGAUGCUGCAAGCGUUGACGAUCGUCCCCGGAAAGUCCGGCACCCCCGCACACAUAGUGAUGAACGGCCAGGGGAGCACGAACAGUUUCGGAUCUCAGCAGAUCAUCACGAACACGUCGCCCUCGCAACAAAUAAAUCUGCUGCAACCCGUGAAUCUGAUCAACAACGCGAGCGGCGUGAUGCCGAACUUCCCGGCUUUCCAGCAAUUCAUAGUGCCGAACCUCGGCGGCAUGGUGAUGACCACCGACGGGACGGCCAUCAUCCAGGACGGCUCGACCGGCAUGCCCGUGCAGCUGCAGCUGCAGACCGUCAACGGGCAGAACGUGCUCACGCCCGUGCAGAACCCGGGCGUGUUCGCCGGCGCCAACGGCGGCGUCGUCAUCCGCGCGCAGGGCCAGCAGGGCAAGAUGAUCCAGUCGCAGCACAGCCCCGGCGCGCAGUUCCUGUCGCCGGGCGGCCAGGUCGUCGUCAACGGGCCCGGCUUCAACGGCCAGCUGAGCCCGCUGCUCGCCAACCUGAGCCCCACGGGCGUGCAGUUCAACGCCGGCCCGCAGCCGCGCGGCGCCGCCGUGCAGCAGGACUUCGCGCAGAACCAGCUCGGGCAGGCGACGGUGCCGCUGUCGCCGAAGCGCGCGGGCGGCCGCGGCAACUCGACCUUCGUGCAGCAGAACACGACCAUAGUGCAGCAGCAGACGACGCUCGUGGCGAACUCGCACUCGCAGCUGGGCGGCGGGCGGUCGCGGCUGAGCAUCGACCCGUCGGUGCUGCUGGUGCCGAAGCCGAAGGCCGCGGGGGAGGCGGAGGCGAAGGGCGAGGAGCUGGCGCGCGGCGGGGACUUCGUGCGCCACUCGGUGUCCACGCAGACGCUGGCGGGCGCGGCGGCGGCGGCGGGCGGGCGCGGCAAGUCCCCGGGCGCGCCCGACACCACGACGCACAGCCCGCUGGGCGCGCUGGAGCCGGCGGCGUCCCCGCGGCGCCGCGCGCGCCCCGACACAACCACCAAGUCGCCGGAGCCCGCUGACGCCUCCUCAUCGGCCAUGGUGCAGUGCGUGUCGAGUAGUGAACAGGACAUGGCCGAGUCCCGCGAGCACGCCUGGCCCGCGCCGCGCCCCGACUUCGGCAGCGAUAGCGAGAACCAAAAUAUGAUGUCAAAUGUGCAACUGAUGCGUCAAAAUCGCGUUCACAAUUCAGUGGAAUCAUCUGAACUGCACUAUAACCAAAAUAUGAACGCGCCAGCGGUGAAUAACAACCAACACAACGCUAUGCCUAUGUCAUCGAAUUACUAUGAGCGAACCUACUCUAAUAAGCAGACGUACAAAAGGAAGAAUGAUUUUGGCCCCACAUUCCGGACUGAGAAAAUUAUGAGGACCAACUACAACAUGGUCCAUGGACUUCCCAAGGAAUCAGAAUUCGAAAACAUGGGGAUUGCUUCGCCGGAGAAAGUGCCGACGAGGCAAUUCCCUCCCACUGGGAGCAGCUCGGACGCUUCUGCUAUCCAGAAAGUGUUUGACAGGCAUAAUUUAGGUUCCGGCGACGGAGUAGAAAAUUAAACACUCUUCUUGAAAACGCGAUUCAAGAGGCGAUGGCGGAGCUCGAUAAAAAAAGCGAAGGCGUUACCGAGAAAACACCUGAGGAAACGGAGGAGGAAGUCAACACAAGUGAAACUAUAACCGAGACACCCAAAAAGAGCAAAAAGCAGGAAAAAGUCCGGAACAAAGACAAACAUCACAAGAAAAAUUCUGCAAAAUUAGCACCAAAUCUUAGUAAAACGGGUGACACCAGUCGAUUGCGUAGUUCGCGAUGACAUUAUAGCGAUUCAACGCCCUUACCGGGAAUAUGCAGAAACUGGACUUACGAGGCCAUCGCACUUGACGCGAACGAGCCAGUUUGGAGAGCGAGCGACAGGUGGCGCCACUGGGACACUGGGAUUUAUUGGGCCGAUUGUUCAACGCUACAGGAUUAUACAGACUCCGCCUUACAAAGAUUUUAAGAUUAUUAUUUAGCAAUGUUAAAUCACAACACGUCUACGUGAAAUUCUGAGACUGGGGUGCUACCACAAAACGCUACAAAAAUCACACAACAUGAACUCUAUGAAAGCUUUCUUAUCGAUUCCUGUAAGAUAAAUUUUAAUAUUCAGCGGUGUUUAGUAAACUUAAGAAUAAAUUAAAUGUUAUAAUAGUUAGACAAAUAUUGAGAUUAUAUGGUAUAUAUAUUUGAAUUGCUUAUUUUUCGGGUUUAUAAAAAUUCUGCUAUAGCAUUCACAAAAAUAUUAUGAUGUAAACUUAUUUUCAAAUAAAAUAUGUAGUAAUUAAUAAUUGAACAAUAGAAAUUUCAUAUUUAUCAUUUCAUUGCAAGUAUUUUAUUUGCAUAGAUUCGUUUGGACAUAUUAUGAGGUUCCUAAAAGUAUAUGUAUGUAUUACAGUGCAAAAUUAUUAGAAUUUCUUAACAAUUGACGUUAUCAGUGGUUAAGUGGUUAAUUACUGUUUUUAAUAUUAAAUGUAAUUUUAAGGGAUAACAGUGGUUUAAAAUCAUUGUUGUAUUGCGUUACUCUUUAGAAUAGGUAGCGUAUUCAUUGUGUAGAUGUCUUUUAAAUAUCGAAGUUAAUUCCAACACCUGUCAUCGAUGUAUUGUACAAUUAUAGAAAACUGUAAAUUGAUAAGAAAUUAUGCUAUAUAUCGUGUAAAUUUAUGUGUUUUGUUAGAGAGUAAUAAGUAUAACAUGAUUUCUAGUCAAAAUAUUGAGCAUAUUGAAAUGUAGAUAUUAAAUAUGAAGGUAAUUGACAAUAAAACUGGCCUGGCGUUUGUUGACGUUGCGCAUUACCUGUCAGCAUUGUUUCGUUUACAUAAUAAAUUAAGUACAGAAGCAUUAUUGAUUUCUAUCGUCGUCGAUAUGUACUUGUUUGCAUUGAAUAAUUUUAUACUUUUGUUAUAAUUGUAAUGCUAGACAUAAUAGUUGAAAUAUCAUAUUGUAUUUACAGAUAUGUAUUCGGACAUAGAGUAUGGACUCUUUCAAACUAGUUAUAGCAGAGUCCUAUUUCUAAUUUUAUACGUUUUUUACAUAAUUAUUACAGUUAUUAUGAUGUUUCAUGGACAUUAUUAGGCCUACUGCUUAGUUUAUAUUCUACAGUUUUGACCUUGGACAAGUAUUUCGAACAAAGUUUCACAAAAGCAUUACGUCGACAUCACAUUAGCAGGCCGUUUGGACAUUUAUGAUGAAAUUAAAAUUUCACUAAAUGUCAGUUAUUGGGUAAGUGUUUGGUUUGUGGUACAAGGGAGAUUAUUUUAAAACAUUUCAAAAAUGCUUUUUAAAAAACAAUAUUUCAAUUAAAUUAUAGGUAAAUGAUAAAGAGUUUUAAAAAUCUAGGUAGAGUGUUAACUGUAGUAUGUCAUACCAUGAGUACAUUUGAUAGGUAAUUUGUUAUCAACGGUAAUUGUUAGAUUUAUCUAUGUGCAAAAUUAAUUUAUGUGAUCUUUGGAUUGUCCGGUAAAUAUAAUAUCAAGAAAUUAUCAUAGCUUACUGUUUUUAAUAUCGUAUUUUAACCUUAGAGAUUCCAUUUAAAAUUUCCUAAAUAAUAAAUGUGACUCCAGAUAUCGACAUAGUAUUUAAUGUUAAAUGGAUAUUGUUUAUUAUAUUAUAGUCGGAUAGCACUUCCCUGUGAGAUGGUAUUAUGUACAUAAUCUUAAUGUAGUUAUGUAUAGUAUUUUAUUUCAAUGAAAUUAAUGUUUUAUAGACUAAUAUACAAUAUAAGAUUAUUUAUUUGUUUUGCUGUGUACAUAUUUUUUUCAAUAAAAUGUACCUGUUUUAUUUAAA